UCAAAUGACCUACAUUAUCUUAUCUUUGAAUUUCUAGAGUCUGGACUUCUUCUCACAUUCGCAAGAAAAUUACUACUAGAAUUUAAAAGGUUCUCAUAGUUUCCGACUGAAACCAUGGCAAUGACGAUGACCACUGCAAUGGCAUCGCCAUCUCGCCGGCUUCUUAUCGACUCUCGAUAUAGUGCCGUUAGCACUAUCUCCAAGAAUGUAGCAAUUUACCCAGCAACAGCAGUUACAAAUCAGGGGUUAUUGAAGCAGUGUGUAUUCUCGCAAGGAUGCGUAAGAUCUCUGGUGAAACCAGUAUUGGCUGCUACUUCAGGGCUAGAGGCAGAUUUGGCUGAUGAUGAAUCUUUGAUACGCGUUAAAAAUGCAAAGAUAGCUGUUGAAUCCGAAGACGCUGAGAAGAUACAAGUCAGAGUAGAUGUGAGCGAGGAGGAUACGAAAAUAGUUUUCGAAAAAGUUUUGACAAAUUUAGCAAAAUCAGCGCCACCUGUUCCAGGCUUCCGCAGGGAAAAAGGAGGAAAAACAUCUAAGGUUCCUAGGGACUUUCUCCUGCAGAUACUUGGUGAAGAUCGAGUUACCAAUUUCGUAAUACGAGAAAUUGUUACCUCAACUCUUGCUGAUUAUGUGAAGAAGGAGAAUUUGGCAGUGAAGGAUAACAAGAUAAGCACCACACAAACUGCGGAUCAACUCAGGUCAUCGUUUGCUCCAGGAACUGAAUUUGGAUUCAAUGCCACCUUAGAGCUUGAAAAAUCAAAAACUGAAGCCACCACUUAAACACACUGAAGAAGAUGUGAACUUUUCUCACUGUUUAAUAUCUUAGAAUGACUUGUUAGAAUAGAAUCAGUAGUUCCUGAGGUCAAUAGACUGAAGGAUCCUAAAAUCUAUUACUGUUUGGCAUACUACUGGUUAAACUUGAAAUUGAAUCAUGAUUUUCAGCUCUCUAUUGAAAUUGAAUUUAUGUUUUCAGCUGGCAUUUCUUGGAGCAAUAUCAAGCUUUUUUGGCCAGUUUACCAGCUGAGCAAUUACUUUCGUGGAAACUAGCCUCUGAAUUUCAAUUACUCUAUCUUCUUACUGAAACAAAGAUAAAAAUCUUCCAUUUGUUUGCUUACAUUUAAGAUAUAUCUUAUCAUCUGUUUUUUUGGCA